GCAAGAAUGCAGAGCAACAGACAGCUGCAGAAGGCACAGAACCGUGACAGAGCAGGGGGUCCUUAGUGGACAGCGCAAGGCGGCAACCUGGCCCAAGCAAGGCAAUGGCAACAGCAAGUUUCCUCAAGAAUACCCAGCUUUCUGGAGCGAGUCCCUGUCAGAAAGUGGUCGCGUCAUUAGGCGGCGCCUUCUUGGACAGAACGGGCCUGGCUGGGCACUCGUCAAAGCUGCGCUGUGCUAACAGUACCAGCCUGGAAUGCCUUGCUCCUACAAGCACUAUUUCCAAGAGGUGUGGACUGGUUGACAUUUUUAGGCAGGGCACGCGGACUGACUUUCGUGGGGUGCCUGGAGUUGCUGUCUUGUCUUGUAAAGGAACGGGGUCAAGUCAAUGGCAUGCUGAAAGUGAUGCUUGUAAGAAAGCCUCCCAGAGGCCUGUUGUGACUGCAUCAGCGAGCCAGAGAGGGUGGCUGGAAAGAGCAGAAGCCGGUGAUGCGGAGAAGCUGAUUGAGGAUCAGGAGGAACGGGAGAACACCCGGAAAGCAGCAUCUGCAAUUGACUUCACUGACAAGAAGCUGUGCACAGAUUGCGGGGUCCGGAAGCCCCUGCGGAACUUCGAAAAGCUUGUCACGAGUGCCGAUGGGAGACACCUUUCGUGCCGAGCGUGCCGAGCGUGCCUCGCCAAGCGCCGGGCGCAGGAGCAGGGCAGGAAUAUCACGGAAACGCUCGUCGAACGAGGCAUGAGCCAAAGCUCAAGCUCUGGCAUUGCUUCAAAGAGCGGCACGCUGCGCCGUCCAGCGCUCUGCUACAUGGUCCGCUGCAGACACACAUAUAUUUGGAUUGAAAGCGUUGACGGACGGAUUGCGAGCAGGAUAUGGGGAAAACCGUUAGGAAGACGGCAAGCGGUGCAGCGGAUGCCAGAAAGUGCAGUAAAGCUUUUCGAAGGAGUGUCAGGCGAGGCACUGGAAACGGGGCACAAGGCGGAGUGCCGAAAAGAAGCUCAGUCUGCGGCGCCAGAGAGGUCAUAACUUAUGUUCUGUGCGACGCUAAAAGUGCAAGAGUUUGGUUGAGGGGUUACAAAAACACAGGAUCGAGACAACCGUUUGGUAUUGUCUGCUUUAAACACAACCUGCCCGUUUUCAGGACCCCUCGACGGUUCGCAAAUUUAACUGACGCAGGUUUAAGCUGAGACGAUCAGUAGUCCCUGACUUGAUUCAUGUUACGUGUUGCCGUCCACGGGCAGUUUUCGAUCCGUCGUCAUUGUGAUGAUCCAGAUCCAUGUAUCUCCAUCUUCCACUGUACUUUGGAAAGCGC